AUGAGCUCGACAUCUUUUGGCAGUGCGAACACGGGCGUUCAACUUGUCAAUAACCAUGGGACAAUUAAUAUUUCAUCUGACCGGCCGGAAAAUCCUGUACAGACAGACAACGAGCUGCUCAGAUCACUAGCAUUCCCACAGAUGCUAGAUCGGAGGGACAAUAUCGAGCUAUGUCACACGAAUACCUGCCAAUGGAUUUUAAAUCUAGACGAGUAUCAGUCCUGGAGAAAUCAGCCUUGUGGUCUACUAUGGAUUAAGGGCAAGCCGGGUGCGGGCAAAUCGACCUUGAUGGUUUUCCUGCACGACAGACUCAAAGGAUUACAGGACGGGAGCCAGGGUAUCAUUCGGCUCGACUUUUUCUUUACCGCUCGGGGCGUGGAGAUGCAACGUACACCGCUUGGAAUGCUUAGAUCGUUAUUGAACCAGAUUUUCGACCGUGACGCGACCGUACGCCCUCAGGUGCGCGAGAUCUAUGAACAACGAUGUAGGCAGUUUGGGUACGGAGAACGCAAGUGGGAAUGGCCGCAAACGAUCCUUGAAGAGUUAUUGGCAACUACUAUCCUGGCAUCAGCCAACGAGCAGCCUGUGACUAUCUUUGUGGAUGCUCUAGAUGAGGCUGGGGCCGAGUCCGCUCAAAAGCUUGCAGCAUAUUUCCACCGUCUUGUUGAUCGUGCUGACAAAAAGAAGCUACCCCUUCAAGUCUGCAUCUCAUGUCGACACUAUCCUAUCUUGGAAAGUGCCCGGGCAAGAGCGAUACAUGUCGAAGACCACAAUCAAGAUGAUAUUGCUACAUAUAUCAAGGAUAUGCUUCUUGAGACAGAGUUGGGAGAUAUACCUAAUCAAGAGAUGAGAGAGGUGUUGAUAGAGGAAUUGACCCAGCAUACCAAAGGUGUGUUCCAGUGGGCCCAUCUUAUAAUGCCCCUUGUCAAGCAAAAAGUUAUCGAAGGGGAGUCAAUCAGCGAUAUCCGUGAUUGGUUGGGAGAUGUCCCAGCCGAUCUAGAAAACGUCUACAUAUAUAUCCUGAGCAACGUGAUCACGGCUAGGAAUCGAGACCAGUCAUUCCUAUUCUUUCAAUGGGUGUGCCUGGCCGAGCGGCCCUUGACUAUACUUGAAAUACGAUACGCAUUGGCGGCUAAGAAUGCUCAAAUAAAGUCGUCUCAAAUUGAAUGGAAGAAGCUCGACGGCUUUGUUAAAAGCAAUGAAAGCAUGAAGCGCAGAGUGAAGGCUCUUUCUGGUGGAAUGGCAGAAGUAGUCUCAAGUGGGAAUGACAAGGAGACCGUACAGGUGGUUCACCAGUCGGUCAAUGAUUUCUUGCGGGCAAAAGGACUGGCUCUUUUAUACCGUGGCAUCAGCGCUAGUAUGGGGUCCGUGGAUAUGGACAAUAUUCUCUUUCAGUCUCAGGCAACUCUGUACCGAUCGUGCCUAGUAUAUCUUGCUACGAUCUGUUCGGACAAACAAAUGAGUAACUUUGGGGGCUCAAAGGGGAAGCUUGUCAGUGAUCACCCGUUUCUGAACUAUACGACUAUCAAUCUCUUUGUUCACGCAGAAAAAGCUGCCGGCUCUCGAGGUGCCUUGCUGCACAAUGAAAAAGAAAUCCUUCAACGAAUGAUCAGUUCUUGGGUCAAAAUCUACCAACACCUUGAUAGUUAUAACAAAGCAUGUCCACCCACAGGCACAACAAUUUUACAUAUGGGUGCCGCUGCCAAUUUGGUUGACGUGAUAACAUCUGCGUGGGCGGAUGAUGAGGAUAUAGAGAAGAAAAACAAAGCUGGGGAUACAGCGUUGCAUUUCGCAGCACGAGCAGGGCACACAACGGCCGGCAAAAUACUGCUGGAAAGAGGAGCAAACCGAGAAGCGAAAAAUAACGAUGAGGCGACUCCUUUAAUUGAAGCGGCCAAGCAUGGACACUUGGGAUUUGUGGGAUGGCUUCUGAAUAAGGGGGUGGAGAUUGAGACAGAAGGUGGGGCCGCGCUACAAAAAGCUUCAUUGGAAGGUCAUAAUACAAUUGUAGAGAUCCUGCUCGAUGCCGGGGCCGAUGUCAACGCCCAGGGUGGUGGAUACGGCAAUGCUCUACAGGCCGCUGCUGCUUCAUUGAGGAGGACGGCUGAGACGGUCAAGAUCCUGCUUGACGCCGGGGCCGAUGUCAACGCCCAGGGUGGUAAAUACGGCAAUGCUCUACAGGCCGCUGCUGCUUCAUUGAGGAGGAGGGCUGAGACGGUCAAGAUCCUGCUCGAUGCCGGGGCCGAUGUCAACGCCCAGGGUGGUGAAUACGGCAAUGCUCUACAGGCCGCUGCACGGAGAGGCAGUGCUGAGACGGUCAAGAUCCUGCUCGACGCCGGGGCCGAUGUCAACGCCCAGGGUGGUAGAUACGGCAAUGCUCUACAGGCCGCUGCAUUGAGUGGAAGUCCUGAGAAAGUCAAGAUCCUGCUCGACGCCGGGGCCGAUGUCAACGCCCAGGGUGGUGAAUACGGCAAUGCUCUACAGGCCGCUGCUGCUUCAUUGAGGAGGAGGGCUGAGACGGUCAAGAUCCUGCUCGAUGCCGGGGCCGAUGUCAACGCCCAGGGUGGUGAAUACGGCAAUGCUCUACAGGCCGCUGCAUGGAGAGGCAGUGCUGAGAGGGUCAAGAUCCUGCUCGACGCCGGGGCCGAUGUCAACGCCCAGGGUGGUGAAUACGGCAAUGCUCUACAGGCCGCUGCAUUGAGUGGAAGUCCUGAGACGGUCAAGAUCCUGCUCGAUACCGGGGCCGAUGUCAACGCCCAGGGUGGUAAAUACGGCAAUGCUCUACAGGCCGCUGUAUCCAGUGGAAGUCCUAAGAAAGUCAAGAUCCUGCUCGAUGCCGGGGCCGAUGUCAACGCCCAGGGUGGUGAAUACGGCAAUGCUCUACAGGCCGCUGCUGCUUCAUUUAGUAGGAGUGCUGAGACGGUCAAGAUCCUGCUUGACGCCGGGGCCGGUGUCAACGCCCAGGGUGGUAAAUACGGCAAUGCUCUACAGGCCGCUAUAUUCAGUGGAAGUCCUGAGAAAGUCAAGAUCCUGCUCGAUGCCGGGGCCGAUGUCAACGCCCAGGGUGGUGAAUACGGCAAUGCUCUACAGGCCGCUGCAUGGAGAGGCAGUGCUGAGACGGUCAAGAUCCUGCUCGACGCCGGGGCCGAUGUCAACGCCCAUGGUGGUGAAUACGGCAAUGCUCUACAGGCCGCUGCAUGGAGAGGCAGUGCUGAGACGGUCAAGAUCCUGCUCGACGCCGGGGCCGAUGUCAACGCCCAGGGUGGUGAAUACGGCAAUGCUCUACAGGCCGCUGCUGCUGCUACUGCAUUGAGUAGAAGUGUAGAGAGGAUGAAGAUCCUGCUCGAUGGCGGGCCCGAUGUCAACGCCCACGGUGGUGAAUACCGCAAUGCUCUACAGGCCGCUGCAUUGAGUAGAAGUGCAGAGACGGUCAAGAUCCUGCUCGAUGCCGGGGCCGAUGUCAACGCCCAGGGUGGUGAAUACGGCAAUGCUCUACAGGCCGCUGCAUGGAGAGGCAGUGCUGAGACGGUCAAGAUCCUGCUCGACGCCGGGGCCGAUGUCAACGCCCAGGGUGGUGAAUACGGCAAUGCUCUACAGGCCGCUGCAUGGAGAGGCAGUGCUGAGACGGUCAAGAUCCUGCUCGACGCCGGGGCCGAUGUCAACGCCCAGGGUGGUGAAUACGGCAAUGCUCUACAGGCCGCUGCAUGGAGAGGCAGUGCUGAGACGGUCAAGAUCCUGCUCGACGCCGGGGCCGAUGUCAACGCCCAGGGUGGUGAAUACGGCAAUGCUCUACAGGCCGCUGCAUGGAGAGGCAGUGCUGAGACGGUCAAGAUCCUGCUCGACGCCGGGGCCGAUGUCAACGCCCAGGGUGGUGAAUACGGCAAUGCUCUACAGGCCGCUGCAUGGAGAGGCAGUGCUGAGACGGUCAAGAUCCUGCUCGACGCCGGGGCCGAUGUCAACGCCCAGGGUGGUAGAUACGGCAAUGCUCUACAGGCCGCUGCAUUGAGUGGAAGUCCUGAGAAAGUCAAGAUCCUGCUCGAUGCCGGGGCCGAUGUCAACGCCCAGGGUGGUGAAUACGGCAAUGCUCUACAGGCCGCUGCUGCUUCAUUGAGUAGGAGUGCUGAGACGGUCAAGAUCCUGCUUGACGCCGGGGCCGGUGUCAACGCCCAGGGUGGUAAAUACGGCAAUGCUCUACAGGCCGCUAUAUUCAGUGGAAGUCCUGAGAAAGUCAAGAUCCUGCUCGAUGCCGGGGCCGAUGUCAACGCCCAGGGUGGUGAAUACGGCAAUGCUCUACAGGCCGCUGCAUGGAGAGGCAGUGCUGAGACGGUCAAGAUCCUGCUCGACGCCGGGGCCGAUGUCAACGCCCAUGGUGGUAAAUACGGCAAUGCUCUACAGGCCGCUGCUGCUGCUACUGCAUUGAGUAGAAGUGUAGAGAGGAUGAAGAUCCUGCUCGAUGGCGGGCCCGAUGUCAACGCCCACGGUGGUGAAUACCGCAAUGCUCUACAGGCCGCUGCAUUGAGUAGAAGUGCAGAGACGGUCAAGAUCCUCCUCGAUGCCGGGGCCGAUGUCAACGCCCAGGGUGGUCAACAUGGAUCUCCUCUCUUGGCAGCUAUUUACUCAGGCCAUGCUGAUCUUAUUGAAAUCCUUUUUCAUGCUGGCGCAGAUAUUGGCCUUGCAGAUGCGCUCGACCAGACCCCUCUUCACAUUGCAGCUUCAAAAGAUAUGGCUCACCUUCUCUUUCGAUUUCCGCAACUUGCGUCAGCUAUCAACAAGCGCAACAAGCUCCUGCAAACCCCUCUCCACUUGGCUAUCUGCUUUGGUCACAUCCACUUUGCUAUAAAACUUCUUCAUCUUGGUGCCGACCCUUCUCUUCCAGACGGCUAUGGCAGACAUGCUAUGGACUGGGCCAUCGGGCAAGGAACUUUGAUGCGGGAAAUACUUGAACGUUGUCCUCGGCUCUCAUUGACACCUCACAAAAUUCAAGAAUCAAUUGUACAACAAUCACUCUUCUACCUCUCCGAUCAUCUUCCUGGGCUCACCCCGAACUAUGCAUGGUUCAUUUUGCAACAAUUAGCUCGCUAUUUCUUAUUUCUUCAUGACAUCAACAACGCACGCCAUCUCUUUCAGGCCUAUCACUGGGCCUCGUUCUGUAUGCAGAAUCUGCGCGAAUAUGGAUAUCUGUUCUUCCUGUGUACUCAAGCACCCUUUUCAUCACAGAUUAAAUCCAGAUCAGAAGCACGAAGUCUUUGA